AUGAAAAUCCUUGUGGUAUUUCUGGUGACACUGGCUAUCUUUGGGACACAAUCUCAUGGAUAUGAGGUUUAUAACAUCAUCAGCCCAACUGACAAUGUUGGCCCUAUUCAGGAGACAAUGACAAUUGACAAUGAAAAAAAUACCGCCAUGAUUAACAUCCAUGCAGGAUCUUGCUCCUCUACCACGAUUUUUGACUAUAAACAUGGCUACAUCGCCUCCAGGGUGCUCUCCCGAAGAGCCUGCUACAUCCUGAAGAUGAACCAUAAGACCAUCCCUGCUCUGGACCAACUCAAACGGUACAUCUUUGAGAGGCAGGCUUUGAACAACAUGUUCUCCGACAAAUACAUCUGGGUCAAGUAUAACCCACUGCAGUCUCUGAUCACAGAUGUGAAUUGGUUCCUGUUUGGAUCACCCAUCAGGCAGCUCUGCGAACAUAUCCCCUUGUACAAAGGGGAAGUGACUGAAAAGACACAUGAUACUCGUGCUGGAGACUGUGCAAAGGCUGGGCUCCUGGGCAUCUUGGGAAUUUCUAUCUCUUCAGACCUUCACAUUUAAG